ACAAAGCCAUGCGGAAGAUAUUGCCGUAAAUGAGAGAAAAAAGCAAGUCUCUUUGACUUCAGUGGGCGCGAACCGGGCGCAUGUAGGCAAGCUGCGUAUGCGUAAAAGUGGGCCAAAAUGUUCCUCGUCCUGCUCCUGGGGCUCUACGUGGCCACAGGUGAACUUAUCUCCCCAGUGAGCUCGUGUCCGUCGCAGUGCAGCUGUUUUUACCACAACCUGAGUGAUGGAUCAAAAGCCAGGUAAGAAGGGUGUCCAAUUAAAAAACCUUUUUAUGACAGAAACACACCACAACUGGAUCUGGUUUGAGCGCAAAGACGCAUCUUUGUCGACGGCCAGGUCUGGUCCUCAUAACAGGACAGAUGUUUUCACGGAGGUGAACACGUGUAUAAAAGAUAAUUCAGGGAGUGCAUGUCGGUCCAAUUUUAUUUAAUGCAGGAUUAUCUCUCAAAGGCACUUUCAACCCCCCAUCUACGAGCCUUAUGCGAGUUUAGAUGAACUGAGAAUUGAGCAUUUUCAGAAUUAUUAGCUAGGUUGUUUUGCUGAUGAAUUCGCCUCAUAUUUGUAAACUCCUUGACUACAAACCAAACUCUAAAUGUGCAGAAAUGUGCAGCCAACUACUUUGGUUUACAUUCGUAUUUUUCCAAAAAUGCUUUGAAUGCGUAAUUUCAAAAGGAUGGUUUGAUAGGUGGUAAACUUCAGUUUGAAUUCUCUCUCUUUCAGGAGUGUGAUAUGCAAUGACCCCGACAUCUCUCUCGUGCCUGUCGGGUUCCCUGUUGACACGUCCAAACUGCGGAUUGAGAAGACGGCCAUCCAGCGGAUACCAAGCGAAGCCUUCAACUACCUCUCCACACUGGAAUUCCUCUGGAUGUCUUUCAACACGCUGUCCGCCUUGAACCCGGACAGUUUCCGGGGACUGUACAACCUGGAAGAGCUGCGUCUGGACGGGAAUGCCCUCACCGCCUUUCCCUGGGAAUCCCUCAUGGAUAUGCCCAGUCUCAGACUUCUCGAUUUGCACAACAACCAGCUCACCUCGCUGCCCGCAGAAGCCACCAAUUACAUCAGAAACCUUACCUAUCUGGAUCUGUCCAGCAACAGCCUGCUGACCCUGCCGACAGAGGUGUUGUCCACCUGGCUGGCGGCCAAACCUGCUCAAGGGCCAGAGAGCUCCAAAAUGAUACUUGGUAAGAAACGGUGCGCACCAUGACACCAAACCUUGUUCCAUCCAGACUCACAGGUCUUUGUCUCGAGCUGUCUUACUAUUUUUGGCACCAAAAAACAACCUGUUAAAUAUUCUGCAAAGAAAGGAAAGUCAGAUAUCAUUUUUAUGCAAAGUUUUUUGAACUGCAGCUCAACAUAAUAUUACAUUAGCAAUACAUCAUUUGCUGAUUAAUCAAAUAAAUACCUUAUUAUUAUCUAGAGAUGGAAUGCGUUUUGAAACACCAGAGUAACACUUAACUUUAAUGUCUUCUAACAUUAUUCAUAGGCCAUGUAUUAGCAUAUAUAAGUCAUUAGAUGUUGUGUAAACAGAUGUAACAAUUUGUUGAUAUAUUUCUGUGACCACAAUCAUCUUAAAUAAUAGCACAAGGUAAAAUCAGAAAAUAAGGUUUCUAAGAUGUUACUUUUAACCAAUUUCCUAAGCACUUUAAAAGUCCAUAUAUCUGUUCAUUCAGUAUCAUUGAAAUGUUUAUGUAGUGUUCAUAAAUGCUUCCUAAGCAUCAUUUGGAUUUUGGAGCUGUUGUCCUCUCUCUAUGGUGACAAACAUCUGCCUACUCUGCUCCAAUGUGUGCAUUCAGAACCAAUGACAUGCACUCUGAUUCAUUAUACAUGGGACAGCCUUUUGUCUUGUUUUUAUUGUCCCUUUAAAGUUAAAAUAACAGUGCUAUACAAAGUUCUAUAUUUGCUCUCGCUCAUCUCCUGAUUUUACUUCAUCCUCGUACUCAGAACCACAAGCUGGUGCUCCACUGAAGGACAGGAGGGUGGAAUGACAGGACCCUGACCUUGACCACCAGACCAUCUCCACCAUCUCCAUCACCAUCUCCAUCAUCAUCAUCAUCAUCAUCAUCGUCACAGCUACCAUCAUUGCCGUAGUCAUGGUCAUGAUGUAGUUUAUGAAUUAAAAGUUAAUCCUCUUACGGGAUUAGCAUCCUAACAUCCACAUCGGCCAUCUGCAGGCUGCUCCAUCACUUUGCACACAGCUGGACGCUCAUCUUCCUCCUGUAGCCUCACUUCUUCCUUCAUCCCCAGGUCUCCAUGACAACCCCUGGGUGUGCGACUGUCGGCUCUACGACCUGGUCCAGUUCCAGAAGUCUCCCACUCUCUCAGUGGCUUUCAUAGACACCAGACUGAGGUGUUCAGCUCCAGAGAGCGUUUCAGGGGUUCUGUUCAGUGACGCCGAGCUGCAGCGCUGUCAGCUCCCACGCAUCCACACAGCUGUGGCACGAGUGCGGAGCGCAUUGGGGAACAAUGUGCUGCUCAGGUGUGGGACGAUUGGAAUUCCCAUCCCAGACCUGACCUGGCGUAGGGCGGAUGGACGAGCCCUGAAUGGGACAGGUGGGUCUUUGAAUGUCAGGGUCUGCCUCUGUGUUUAGCCUGAGAUAAGAUGCUUUAGUCUGCUCUGUAGAGCUGCUGUUAAUUAAACAGAAAGCUUCCAGUGGAGAUAGUGAGGUUAUAAGUCUGACUGACAGCUGUGGCCACAACAGAGACUUAUGCAACCGAGAAGAUCAUCAAUGCAGCGUUGUGUAAUUACCUGCUCGGCAGUCUUUGCACAUUUAUGAAAGAGGGUAUUUGUUAGACAACACUCACUUUCCAGUAUUACUUUCAGAUGUUUUCUUCCUUUGCAAAAACUUUGUUCGUCUUCCUUCACAGUUCAGCAGGAGACCUCAAAGGAGGGAAUCACCUGGUCCAUUCUUAGUGUCCCAGCAGUGUCCUACCGUGAUUCGGGGAAAUACAUCUGCAAGGCCACAAACUAUGCCGGGAACGCUGAAGCUGUUAUUUCGCUCCUCGUCACUAACUCACCCAAACCAGAGGGGAACCAAACUCUCAGUGACAAGAGGGCCAAAGUCAAGAAACCCAACCCGGUGGGCAAAGCCGCCUACCAGGAAAAACUGGUGGCCCGGUAUGUGGUUCCAACCUCGCCCUCUUCUUCCCUGGAUUCAGGCCUCCCACCUGGUCUUGGUCCUGAGUCUGGACCAGCUAGUUACAGCCUGGCUGACAGAGCCACCCCAGGGCCCGCCACCUCUUCAAACCCUGAUACCCUGCUGGAUCUGGAGAAGACUAAUCUGAGUAAUCUGGCAGCCAACACCUCAUCUCUGCAGCAGGACCCGGACAGGGUGGUCCGCUCAGUUAAAGUGGUGGGAGACACAGACAAUACAAUCUCUCUGAACUGGAGAGCCCCUAAAGCAAAGAACACCACGGUGUUUAGUGUGCUGUACGCUGUGUUUGGAGAGAGGGACAUGAGAAAGAUUAAUGUAGGGGCAGGGCAGAACAGGGUCACCAUUGACGGGCUGGUGCCCAGGACCAAGUACAUUGCCUGCGUGUGUGUGCGGGGGCUGAUUCCUAAGAAGGAGCAGUGUGUCAUUUUUUCCACAGAUGAAGCAGCAAGUGCUACAGGCACCCAGAAGCUCAUUAAUGUGAUUGUGAUCACAGUGGCCUGUAUCAUUGCUGUCCCGCUCACUGUCAUCGUGUGCUGUGGGGCACUGAAGAGACGCAUCCAGAAAUACUGGGGGAAGAAAUCCAAGGACAUCCAAGACUCAUAUGUGACCUUUGAGACACUGUCGCCUGGCACCAAGGCCAAAGGCCUUGAGGGCGAGUAUUUGAACAGACUGAACCCGGAAGAGUCCAACAGGCUGCUGUCUGCGCGCUCCAGCCUGGACUCCGAGGCCACAGCCAAGAUAGAGGGACAGCCAAAUGAGUACUUCUGCUGA